UGUUUACUUAGGCAUUGUCGUAAAUUAGGCGGAUCAACAGACGGCGAAUGCGCCCAUGUCUCGCCGACUCUCGCGCAUUUAUUCAGAUUUCGUCUCGAAAAUAAAUUCACUAAAACGGUUCCAGCUGUUCUGUUCUUCUUUUUUUGUACCACGGUACCACGCUGCGACGACCGACUCGUACCGCAUUCGUAGCGAUACUUUUACCGGCUUUUGUGUUUGUUCCGUUUAUUAAUUCAGUUUUUCGCUGUUAAAAAAAUAGAAAAAUGAUCGUGGAUACAGAGACUGUUAACGGAAACUCUUCCUCUAUCGAGAAAACUGAUCAAGAACAGCAAGAAGGAAACCUUUGCAAGUUAAACCCUUCAAAUAGUUCCCAAAAUAACACUACCGAACCGUCUGCAGUCAAAAAUAGUCUAAUAGAAAAAGGAAACGAUGAUUCCCUAAGUGAUGAGCCUCAGGAAACUGAUCAGAAUGAUAUAAACCAGCAAGAAAGUCCUGAAGAAGUCAAGAAUACUUCAAAUAGCUCGGAAAAUAACACAGAUAUCAGUGAAACUGCUCAGAACGACAUAACAGAUCAAGAAAAGGAAGCAAGUUCUGAAGAAGUCAACGUUUGUAAGAUGAACACUUCAAAUAAUUCUGAAAAUAACACUUCUGGACCAUCUGUAGUGGAAAACAGUUUAAUAGAAAAAGAAAACGAUGUUUCCCUGAGCGAUGAGUCUUUUCAAACAGAAAAUAAGACGGAAGAUAUCAGUGAGCAAACUGAAAAUCUGGAAAAUAAUGUAGAGGAGACUAAUAAUGCUGAUUUAUCAGAAUCCGCUCGGUUGGAGAAUAGUGUAGAGCCAGAAGCCUUAAAGGAAGAAAAACAGAAUGGAGAUGUUGUUAAUACUGAAGAAACUGCACAAAAACAAGAAGAAAACUCAGAGGUAGUUGCAGAAAAUAAUGUAGCAGAUCCAGUAGAAACAACAGAAGUGAAGAAAUCUGAGGAAAUUUUGACUACUACUAACAAUCAGACCAAUGGCCAAGAAAAGGAACAUCAAGGCAAGAAAGUCUUGAAUGGAACCAUUGCUAAUGAACUGAUUGCUGAGGACUAUGAACUGCCUGAAGUCACCAAAGUCAAGAAACAUUUUGAAUUUUUGGAAGUUGCCAGUCACGGGCAGACACACCAACUUCCUAAAAAGGGCUGUGUUUAAGUAUGACGGAUCAAAAAUCAUAGCCGCCAAAACAGGAGUCAAUUUUUCCGAUUUUGAAAGCCAGUUUGGAGACGAAGACCGCGCCUACGGCUACCUCAGGCUCCAAACAGGAGAUGAACUGUCCAAACGGGCCAAAUUCGUGUUUAUCACGUGGGUUGGACCCUCAGUAAGCCCCUUGAAGCGGGCCAAGAUGUCCACCGAUAAAGCAUUAAUAAAGGAAAUCCUAUCUAAUUUUGCGGUAGAGCUUCAAACUGAGAAUAUUGCUGACUUCACCUUAGAAAAUCUUGAAAAUGAGUUACUCAGAGCUGGUGGCACUCACUACGGCACUGGAAUGUAAAACUUACCGACGAUUAAUCUAUCCAAAAAUGAUGAGUAGGCUAAAAAAUAGCUAAAAACAAACAGAGAAAGACUUCUUAACUAAAAUGCUACUAAAUUUUUAAACGGUUUAAUUACUAUGUGUAUUUUAUUGAGACAUUCAUUCGUAUAUUAUUAAGAAGUUAUAGUCAAAAUUUUAUUUUCCAGGAUUUCAACCUGUGAGUACUUUUAUGUUUCUGUAAUUAUUAUUUGUUUUAAAUUUAUUUUGUGUAUUAUAUUUUAUAUAAAUAUUCUUAAUGCUUGAAAUGUAUAUGUACUUAAGAAAUUGCUGCAUGGUUAUAUUAUAGUUAUUUUUAUUUAGGUAUAUGUACAGCUAGGGUGUCUCAAAUUCGAAUGCGACUAUUGGAAUAUCGCAAACUAAUAUAAUAUAAAAGAUUCUAAAAAGAUCCAAUUAUGGUUCAAGUUGUGUUAUUUUAGGACCAACAAAAUGUCGUUUUUGAAAACUAUAAACAGCCAAAUAUCGAUCGAAUUUGGAACACCUUGUAUUGAAAAAGUGAUGUUACAAUAUCGUGCCUUUGUAUAAACAUAAUUAUUUUAAAAUAAACUUCUUUUAUUUA